AUGGAAAAGAAUGGAGUGUUUCCUAAACGAGUAUGCAGUAAACAAGAUGUACUGGAAUAUUUAAAUCUUACCAGAGACUAUGAAAAAUUCACAACUUGUCGUCCUGCACUGGACUGGCCACACCCCACCGUAGUGUAUUAUGAUAUUGACCUCUACGGCAUCCUUUCUAUGAGUUGGAAGAACGAACGAAUCUCUUGGGAUCCUAAAGAUUUCUGUGGCAUUAAAAGUGUGAUUUUGCCAAAAGAGAUGCUUUGGAAACCAGACCUCUAUGUUUAUGAGACUGCAGAAAAGGAAGAUGGACCACUGAACCCAUAUUUGUAUAUUACUCAUGAUGGAAAUGUGAGGAUGGAGGAUGACCAUAAAAUUGUCAGCACCUGCACAAUGAAUGUACACAAAUUUCCUUUUGAUACCCAAACGUGCCACAUCACAGUGUCUUCAAUUAAUUACUCAGAUAGAGUGGAAAAACUGUGCUUCAAGGUGACUGUGCUACUGGGGAUCUCUGUACUUUUGCUCAUCCUAAAUGACAUUCUGCCAUCCAAAUCUCACAGAUGUCCUCUGAUAGCUGUGUAUGUCAUUGUCAUCUUUUCUUUUAUGUUGCUGAGUCUUCUGGAGACAGUUUUGGUGAUAUACUUAAUAAAUAUGAACUCGGAACAAGACGAUAAGGGGGUUCAGAGACCUGAAGAUCACAACUCUGACACAGAUAACCGGAAAAGAAACAGUAAUGAUCACAUCUGUUACUCUGGAGUGGAAACUCCCCUUGAGUCUCUGAUGUUGAAGGAAAUAUACAGCAAAGAAAAAAUGAACGAUGUGCAGCUAUUGCAGCUGACCAAACAGACUCUUGUUCCUGAAACUUUAAAAGCCAAAACUGCUCAGAUUUACUGGUUAGGAAUGGCCAAACGUAUUAACAGGGUUUUCUUUGUGGUUUAUCUCAUCUCAGUUUUUCUCUUUCUUGUCUUCAUCUUUCGAGAGUGGAAAGUUGAGUAA